AGGCUGCGCUCGGGGGAGCGCCCGUUCCUGCUGCUGAAGAAGCACGGCCCGCUGCCGGUGUCCGGGAGCAGAGGAUUGAAGGCAGAGUGAUGAAUGGGAAACAGAAGUUUUCCGUCUGAAAGAAUAAACUUGUUUUUACCUGGGAUGACUCAAAGGAAAAUGCUUCAGGAGAUUAGAAGCCUUGUCAUUGAGCAACCAAAAUACUGGCUGGAUAUUAUCUCUGUUUGGAGAAAGCUUCAUGGAGACCAGGGGAGAACAGGUGAUAUCUCUCAAGAAAAUGCAUCGGGUCUGAAGAGAAAGUCAGAAGAGGAGACAAGUACUGCAAGUAAAAGGCAGAAAAUAGAACAAGUGAGAGCAAUUGUCUCUGAGGAAUGUCAGGUGGAAGUUGGAGAGACCUGUGUGGCACCAGAGAGACUGAGCAGUCAGGAGUGCUGGAUUGAGAGCAAGACCUCCUCAGAAUUCCCUUACAAAGGCAGUGGAGAGAAUCCUGUUGCGAAUGAGAAGCUUGGCUUCAGUUUCAGAGUGUCUUGUCGUUGUAGUGGAGCAAUUGCCAAAAUACUUACUUCACAGGAGAUUGGCAGAGCCAUUGGCACGGCGCUUGUGAGGCAGUGCGGGUGGCGCGCUGACCUGCGGGACCCUGACCUGGAGAUCUUUGUACAUCUUAAUGACAUUCACUCUGUGGUGGGGAUUCCUCUUUUCAGGCUUCCCUUGGCAAACAGAGAGUAUAUCAAAACAGCAGGACUGCGGUCAACGGUCGCAUGGGCCAUGGCAUCUCUGGCUGAAAUCAGUGCUGGUGCCCUUGUGCUGGAUCCCAUGUGUGGGCUAGGAACGAUACUGCUGGAGGCUGCCAAAGAGUGGCCCGAAGCCUGUUACUGGGGUGCUGAUAUAAGUGAUUCACAGUUAGAGGGUGCAGAUGGGAAUAUUAGAAGUGCAGGCUUAAUGGAUAAGAUUGAGUUGCUUAAAGCUUCUGUGAAAGCAUUGCCAUUGCCUUCAGAAAGCUUCGACAGCGUUAUUUCGGAUAUUCCAUUUGGGAAGAAGUUCAAGACCACGAAUGAUGCCCAGCUCCUACCAAACAUUCUCCAGGAAAUGGAGAGAGUGCUGCGUGUGGGAGGGACUCUGGUGUUGCUGCUGAGCCAGGAGCUGCGCAGAUGCGUGGAAGGUUUGACCAGGUGUGCUGGAGGUGACCCUGCAGCCGCUGCAGCAGCCCCAGGCGUGGAUGGCAAUUCCUCCUCAGCACAGGGGCGUGGAGAAUCCCUUCUCAGCAGACAUUUUGGGUCUCUGGUGCCAGAGGGUGUCUAUGCCAUUAGUCUGGGGAAGACUGAUGCUUUCAUACACAAAUACAGGAAGGUGUCUGCUGCUGGGAGCGGGGAGCUGUCUGGGCCUGGGCCUAAGGGAACGUGAACCCCAAGACACUUCAGGAGCAGCACGGCAGGACUCGGAGGAGCCCUGCUGGUGCAGACAAACCCGGUGCCAUCCAUUAGAUUGCCUCACAAUCUUUGGAUGUCCUAAGGCACUGUCAUUUUCUCUCUUUGGUUUUUAGGAGAGAUGGAAGAUGCCUACCAGUGUUUCAACCAAUUCUACUGUAUUGUAUACAGUGAAACAGGAUAUAGUAUAUUGUAAUGAGGCAGAGUCCUCAAAUCCUUGUUUAGGCAAAGCUGCUCAGUAUUGGGAGGAGUUUCUAUGGGAGAGAAGGUCUUUAUUUGCAGAACUGCAAAACCAGAUCUGGUAGCCCAUGAUCUUUGGGCUGUCCACUCCAGCUCUUAAUUUUAAAGUAAUAUUCAAGCUACAGCAUUGUGUAUUCUCGCCCUUCUUAAUGUUCAGGUUGUUCUUAGGUGGAGGACAGGCAAGCCCCCUGAGUUGCUGAGAAGGAAGGGAGGACAGAAGGAAAAAAAAGCAGCACUGACAGCCAGAGUUGCAAUAAGUCCCAGGUGCCUGGGCCCUGACUCUGUUUUGUCUAUCCUGGAUCCUCCCUGCCUCUGCCUCUCCCCCUCUCUCCUGCACUCCUGUGGCAUAUUUUUUUCUUCCCUGUGCCUUUUCUCUUGAUUCUUCUAUUCCAUCAAAAUUGGUCUUUUAGAACUGUAUCAGCAUUAAAUAAAGGGCCCAAGGCAAUACUGCAAUCACACUGUCCUUUGGGUUUUAGCAUCCUUUGUACAAAAGGCUGAGAUAGCAAAAAACAAAAAUGAUUGCAUAUUUUCUGUGAGAACUGAACAAAGACUUCUCACUGCUUUCCUAAGGCAUGUCGAUCUGCAGGAGCACUGGAAGCCUUUUGAGAAGGGAAAAUUAGGAUAAAAUACUAAAUACAUUUCUAUAUGCUUCUGUGUCAAGUUUCUGACUGAAGAUCACCUUAAAGAACAGAGUUGGAUUUAAUAAUGUUGUUUGACUUCAACAGACUUUCUUUAAAAUGGUUUUACUGAGAAAGGCAUAAAAUGAAUUUUUUGGGGGGUUAAAUAAAAGUGAGAUGCAAAUGAGGGAAUUGCUUCUACAUGUAAAUGUUCUUGUCCUAAAGGAGCCAUCAGCUUUGUAUCAACUCAGUACAGAGUUAAAAAUUACAUUUCUUUACA